UCCAAUGAAACGUCGUCCAAGAGAAAUAGAAUUCCAGCCCUAGAUGUCAUUUUAACUAUUCCAGUAGCCAUAUUGAUAUAAUAGGAACAGUUAAUCCAGAAUGGCUACUGUGAUCUUUGUGGAUAAGGAGAAUGGAGAACUGGGCACCCUCGCGACUCCCAAGGACCGGCUGAAGCUGGGGUCCCGGCCUUCAGUCAAAGCUUUAGAUGGGAGAUCUCAGAUUUCAACACCACAUGUUGGCAAAAUGUUUGAUGCUCCUCCAGCCUUACGGAAGGCUCCCAGAAAGGCUUUGGGAACUGUUAACAGAGCUACAGAAAAGUCCUUAAAGGCUAUUGGACCUCUCAAACAGAAACAGACAACGUUCUCUGCUAAAAAGGUGACUGAGAAGACUGUUAAAGCAAAAAGCUCUGUUCCUGCCGUGGAUGACACCUACCCAGAGAUAGAAAAAUUCUUUCCCUUCAAUCCUCUAGAUUUUGAGAGUUUUGACCUGCCUGAAGAACACCAGAUCUCACGGCUCCCCUUGAGUGGAGUGCCUCUCAUGAUCCUUGAUGAGGACAGGAAACUUGAAAAGCUGUUACACCUCGGUCCCCCUUCACCUCUGAAGGUGCCCUCUCCACUGUGGGAGUCAGAUCCGCUGCAGUCUCCCUCAAGCAUUCUGUCGACUCUGGAUGUUGAAUUGCCACCUGUUUGCUAUGACCUAGAGAUUUAAGUUUCUUAGUGCUUUAUAGUUUGUAUGUAUUAAUAGUUUGUACUAAUAAAGCAAUUCUUUAAACAGACUCUU